AACGCAUAAUACACAGCUCAGCGACAGUUACAUUUUCAUUCCCCUGCAGUACAAAUAUCUCAACCGCGCUCCCUCUUCUUCCCUUUCUCUGCUACUGUCCUGUUGUAUCCGCCAAGCAUCGGUUCCCAUUUUUUUUGAAUUUUCCUGAUUUUUUGUCUGAAAAUAUCUAAAACACAUGGCAGAGGAGGAGAAGAAUAUCGAAGCUCCGGUGGAGGGACCUCCCGCUCUGGUACCCGUACCCGCAGAUAUUCCGAAAGAUGUGACCGAAGAGAAAGCCGUAAUCCCAUCUCCUCCUCCCCCCGAAGAAAAGCCCGAGGACUGUCAACCGCCGCAUGUAGUUGAAAAGGAGCCGGAGGUGGCUGAGGAAAAAAGCGGCGAGGGUUCUGUGAAUCGAGAUGCUGUGCUUGCAAGAGUUGAAACAGAGAAGAGAAUUUCACUAAUUAUAGCAUGGGAAGAAAGUGAAAAAUCCAAGGCCGAGAACAAAGCUCACAAGAAACUUUCUGCUAUUGGGGCUUGGGAGAAUAGCAAGAAAGCAGCUUUAGAGGCUGAGCUCAAGAAGAUUGAGGAACAAUUGGAGAAGAAGAAAGCCGAAUAUGUGGAGAAAAUGAAGAACAAGGCUGCGUUAAUUCACAAGGCAGCAGAAGAAAAGAGGGCAAUCAUUGAAGCGAAGCGUGCGGAAGACCUUCUCAAGGCAGAGGAGGAAGCUGCAAAGUAUCGUGACACUGGCACUGUCCCUAAGAAGAUAUUUGGUUGCUGCUAAAGGCCAAUAUUUCUUUAGUCUGAUUAUAACAGAUGUUGAAUUGUUUGUAUAUAUUCAUUGGAGGUCAAUUUGUUUAUUUACAGUGUUGUCUGGUUUUAAUGUUGUGAGAGGAAGUAUUUCUCACCAAUCAUUGUUGAGUGUGCAAAUGCAUGUAAGUAUAUGUGUUUAUAUAUAUAUCAAUUGGGGAAAAAUUUAGGUGUUGAAUUUGUAAGAAACAAGUAAUUUGAUG